ACGAAGGUUACGAUAUCAGGAGUUCCAUAUCAAAAGAUAAUUUCCUGAUCACCUUCAAUACUGCCUUCUGUUAUCCUACAACGGAGUCACACAGAGGCGGCAGCCCACUGGUGUAUGAUUUGUAACGUGACUAAUACGAAUUUAUAGCAGCGUUACAACUAAAUUUGCCCUCCUUCCACGUGGUUCUCGGUUUCCUGAACCCCGGUCAUUAACCACGCAAGAUUAAUCCGAACAUUCCCCAGACCACAAUGUAAAGAAAAGAACCUCAUAAAUAUUAAUGUAGCUUUCAGGAUCUCUGGUCCUUGUAGGUGCUAUCAAAACCACACUGCGAUGUGGUGUUAUACAAACAUCUCUUCAGCCGGUCCAUCGCGUGCCAGCCUCCUGAAUUAAUGAAGGUAGCGAAGGUGCGACACAUCACAAGUUUCUGAAGGUGAAGCACUCAACACGACUUUCUUUGUUACGAGAAAUGUUUAUUCAUUUCACAACCGUAGCUGACAUGUUUAGGUACGGGCGGGAGACGCCAUCAGUUUUAAGACGGCAGUCUUCUGGGUUGUUGCGCCGUGUGGUCUGGUGGAAGUUUACCGACGUUUAAGAGAUCCUUUGCUGCCUCCAUCAACAUCGCCGUGACAACCUCAAAACCUACCAAAUACGUAUCGGUUCGUCUCGCUUGAAUACAGAUACUCUCACAUUUGGUUCGUCGUUCGUUUGUGCUGACUGGUCAGUUACGCAAACGAUGGCUCGGAUUAGUUCUGGUGAACAAAGCAGUUCCGUACACGACAGAACUUGUUGGGAACGUCCCCUGUGCAGCCCUGGGUGAUGGUUGCAGGGGUUGCGACUAUACUUGCCAGCCAGGUGAGGGGCGGCAGUCAUGGUUGGGUCCGACCCCCGGCCCCCAAAAUUAAACGAAUUAUUGCCUGUCUGCACGGGCCACAAAAGCAACCGGUCAUUUCUACACUCAUCCUGAAAGACAAAGGUGCAGUGGUCUGUGGCAAGAACGCAUUCACAAGUCCGAGACAUGAUUUAUUGCCGGCUUCAGUAUCUGCUUCAUUUUGUACAUCAUUGUCGGCUUGCGUACAGCUAAGCGCAGACAAACGAAUCGUCGGCUUGCGAGAUGUCGUACAGGCCUGCGUCCUGUAUUAUUCUCGAGAACAGCAUCUCUUUACCACGAGUAUCGUUCCCAGACACAGGAGGUAUAUUUCUUUUAAAAAGACACAGAGAAAACAAAGAUUUGCUGGAAGAAAAUUCUAUCUCCUCCAACUUUGACAUUACAUCUGUUAACCCAUUACCAUAGAGAACCACUUCUGAUGACCUACCGCCUUUCAUCACAUCCAAAUAACCUUCGUAAAUCUGCAGAAUCCUUCAUUAAAGCGAACUACUGAUGCAUCUGUAAUAAUAUAAUGUUUUGUAACGUAAAAAGAAUUUUUUUCUUAAAUGAGACGUUAUUAUUACUUCGUUUUAAGUACAAAGUAAAGACGCAAUCGCAAAAAUAUACCAUUAAUAACGCAAACUAAGGAAUGAAAACCUCAUUUUUAACACUCGAAGUUCUGUUUAAAUGAGGAAUGAUUAAAGGUUUUAAAAUAGAGGAUAAUAAGAGCAAACAGUUUCAACAAUGCCGAAACGUCGGGCUCCUCGAUUUCAAGAUGCGGAUCAAUGUCUUGGAUGAUGGAAGCCGACGACCACAUAAGAAUUGAUGACAGGAUGACUUUUCCUACCCUGAGUCCAUAGAAACCUGUGUCACCGGGGCGUCUAUCUUGUUUCCACGUCGCCAUCAGUUCUGGACUCGAAGAUUUUGCUUCAGAGCGAGAAACGAAUGAGCCCCGAGCUCAGACGACAUCAAGAAAACUGUAGAAAAAUCCUACUAUAACGUAUCAUUCAUGAUGAAGAUUUAUCACAUCAGAGCAAAUCUUACAAUCGUCUCUACUAACUAAAAAUGCCAACACCAAGAAAUAUAUUACGGUUUGUGGUCCACACACGUCUUCAUUCUCUUUUAAUCCUCCAGCAGCAUUGAAUAAAAUGUCUCUCGUCGGUGAUGUAUUAAGUUAUCAGAAGCUGUCGCCAUGGAGACUGUGCAUGCCAGGGCUUCGAAAAAUUAGAUUCUAUCGGCUCCAGACUUUCUUUCUGCAUUCCUACGUAUCAUUCCACCUGGUGAAGAAUGUCUGCGUCCUCCGAAGGAUACGAUUCUUCUUUUCCAUUUCGACCGACGACACAAAGAAACGAAAAUAAAGAAGGCAGUUCCCAGUCGUCUCUCCACUCAUGGUUAACCUCUGUGUGUAACUUUCUCAACGUUAACCAGAAUCUACAGACUCAGACGUAAAAGGAAAAAGAACGAUAUAUUUUCUACGAUCUGACGUUUUCACCAUGGUAAAAUAUACUUCACCCUAACGACGGAAGUGCUAUAUACAACCGAAACGUUGACGACAAUCUUGCAAGACGGCACGGAGUCAACAGCCUAGAAGAUCGCAUUGGACCAUAUAUUUAUCACGGCAAUUAUGAUAUUUGUACGUCAUUAGAACUGAUAAACAAUGUAAUACGUAUCUUAUCUUACAGAUACUUACGAAAGCAAUCAAAGUUGUUCAAACAGACUAAAGCGAAAACAGAAAAACUGUUUUCGCAGAACAGUUUGAAACUAUCACUGACAUGUGACGCAAAGGUAAUGGUAAUGGAUUAGCAUCUGCAGCAGCGAGUUGUACGCAACAUGGAGCUGAAAUUAUUUUCAACAUUGCCUUUGUGGUUACGAGCUUUGAAUUUGUUCUGUGCCGUUCAGAUUUCUGAAUGCCUUGUGGACAUACAACGCAGCGUAUUUGAGGAGCAUUCGUCGCAUUUCUGGAAACAUUUAACAACAGGAGAGUCAUGCGUGAGAAGCAAACAGCCUCAAUCGACCGCUCACGAAGCAAGAGCCGAGAACGGGGCGAUGUUCUCGAAGUUGCUCAUUGCCAAGUUCUUUCCGUCCGGAAAUCCGAAGACGGGGACAUCUCGAGUCACGAUGGACGCGGGUUUGAUAGCCAACAUGACCACCAUAACAGAGUGGUACAACGGGAAAGGCUCGGUCGAAGUAGAGUCGGGUGGAAUCGGAUCCAACUACGUCGCGUUCAGUUACGAUGUUCCACCCGGGGUAGGCCUUUACUUGGAAACUGAGAUUUACUCAGCUGAAGACUAUAAGAACAGAGAAGGAUACCAGAGAUUUAAUUCAGACCUGUCACAAGAUUUCGCCACUUGUUUGGAGGGAAGAAUUAAAAAAGAACAAAAGACAGAAAUGACGUUUAUGGCUUACGGCACGUAUACGGGCCAUAAAAAAUUCAGAAAUGAGACGUAUUCUUUCACUUUUAAUAAAAUGAUACAGCACUGCAUCGGAGAAUCGAUAUGGUACUAUGGAAAAGGUUCAACGAACGUCACUGGAGGUAUAGGUCACACGUAUUUUGAAUUUACAUCUCAUAUACCUGCAAAGGUUAGCGGAAUGAAUAGUUAUAAAUGCUAUUUCGUUAAAGAAAUGGAUUUGUCCGCGCCGGUGAAAAAAACACUUCCACAUUCCAAGGUGUUCGGAGGCGAUUCACACGGAGACGUCGGAAACGGACAUGUCCUCGAUCAAAUUUAUGACACAAUUCUUCCAGGCACUGACGCGAUUAUGUGGUUUUUUGGAAACUACAGCGCUGGCAUCGUAAGUGUGAAGGGCGGCGCUGAGUGGAAGAGUGGCACAGGUACGAUGACCCUUACAGAAGGUGGAGUGGGUGCCAAAUACAUUGAGCUGACGCUGAACAAUUCGCGCACAGCGUACGGGUCCUACCAGUACAACAUCACACAUCUCCUGGCCAAGCCUGAAGAAAAGUGUGUCAACCUGUGAGCCGCUAGCCCCGAAGCCACACUGACCGCAACCUUCAGAGCUGGCUUCGCAGAAAUUAGCGACACUGAAACAGCUCGGUCCAGGCGACUGAUGACAGCUCAGAACUCGCACCGUAGCAGCGCUAGGAAUGCUGUAUUGUUGAUUAAGACAAGCGCGGUAAUGGAGUGGGGGGUGAAGUCCCUCCAUGGCCUUGAAGCGUGCAGUUUAACGGAGGCUACUGCGGCGCUGCGAUGACAACAUUUGAAAAAUAUGUGCUCUCACGUUACACUAUAUAUGAACACACACAUACACGCAUGAACAGAAGAAAAUAAAGG